AUGUCCAAGCCAUUUCAAUCGAUUAACGAUGUAAUCAAUACAACAUCUAAACAUAAACAACAGUCAUUCAAUGAAUUAUACGGAGAACCCGAAAACUUUUUAGAAAUUGAGGUAUGUAAAUCUUUAAUGUCCGAUAUCGAAUACCAUUCCAAAAUCAAAAUCGCUAACAUAUCAGGUACGAAAUCCACAAACACAUUAUGGAAAAGAACUCUUUACUGA